AUGAAAGUUUCACUUGAUCACGAUGUUUAUAAAUGGCUCUUGUCUCUAACUAUCGUUAAGCUUCAACAAGUUAAGAAUACUGGGAAGGUUGAAUUGGAUGAGAACCAAAGCAAAUUAUUUGUUAAUGGCAUCAAAUUUGGAGAGACUUUAAAUAAAAUGCUCGAAGCAAGAUCCAUUCAUGUCCCAAAUCUAAGUGAACAAAUGAAAAACCAACUGACUCCUGGAGUUAAAUUAUUCAAUUGGAAUAUCUUAUAAGAUGCAUUUCAAAAAAUUAACUUGCCUUUGGACAAUGAUAUUAAAAAUCUAAUUGUUAAUGGAGACACAGAAAUGAUGAAUGAACUCCUAAAAGACAUGAUGGAAUUAGAUAAUCAAAUCAAUAGAAAAUAAUAAACUCGAGGCUCAGUUAGAUCCUCAGAUGACUCCUCCUUUGAAACUUCUAAGAAACCUCCAAGCAGACCUGCAUCCAAAUUACCAUAAACUAAAUAUGAUACCUAAGGAAAUGCUAAUGAGUUAAUCUUAGAUGAAUUAGAUACUAAAAAGCCCUUAAAUGAGUCUAAAUCUUUGCUUGAAUUUUUUAUCACAGGAUUAUCAAGACAUCUAACCUUAAAACCUUAAUAAGCUGCAUCUUUAAUGUCAAAUGGCAAUAAGUAUUUGGCUCAUUUACUUGUGAAAGGAGUCAAGGGAGAGUUUGAAACAUUGAUAAAUUGGUUAAGUGACAUCUAUGCAAAUAUCUCAAGAGUCUUCAAUUUUCUAGAACAACAGGAUUCUAAUGUGCAUUAUUUUUUUGCUACCAUUAAACCAGGACUGUUGUCCAAAGAAUAAGAAAUUACUCUGUGGACUUUAAGAAUAAUGGGCAGAACCUAUUUUGAACUCUCGGAAAUGGAAAUGCAUCAAUUAGGAUACGAAUGGUUCUGCAAGGAAAAUGGAGGAUUAGCAGCAACCUUUCUAUGUAUGCAAAGACACCCCAAUUUACUGAGUUAAAUUUGUGAGUUGUAUAGUUAAGUAGCAAGAUUUAAUAUUGUUGAUUUCUUUACAGUCCAAUUCAAGAAGUAAUUAUCUGAUAAAUGCGUUGAAAUGUUGAAUUCCCUGAUUGAAUUUCUCCAUCAAUAGAAAACUCUAAAAGAAGAAUUGAUUUCAUAAGGAAUCGUACAAUAUUGGGCCUAGGCAGCUUUAAAAAUGUCAGAUUCUGAUCAAUUGCCUAUUAAGAUGCAAGGCCUUAAGUAUUUAACAUUAAAUUGGUUGCUCUACCCAAUUUAAUUUGAAGAGGACUAAAAUUACCCCAAUCAAUUCUUGUUCUUAAUGAAGAAGGGCACUAGAGAUGCCUCAAAUAAUUUGAAAUAUUUCUCUUUGAAUAUGUUAUUCAGAUUGCUCGAUAAAUUGGCUACAGAUAGAAAUCCAUAUGCAGCAGUUCUCUAUAAGAAAUUGACAUUCACUCUAAUUGAGAAUUACAAUGAACUGGAUAUUAGGGAAUUCAUGUUGCACAAUUUUAUGUAUCUAAUCCAAAAAUACUCAUCAAUUCCCAUUGACAUUCUGUUAGAACCUUUGAUCAAGUAAGUCAUGUUGAAUGAUGCUUUAGUCAACUUAACAGAUAUGAUGCUAUUUAAAUUUAUUAGCAAACAUCCAAAGAUGAAAAUAAGAUUGGCUAUUUUGUUAUUGGAUUUGCUUGCCAAAAUAUAUUUGAAUAGUGUGACUAUGUCUCAUUUGUCAUUAAAUCCAAUUCAAGUGCUAUUGGCUCGUUUUGCAGAAUCUCCCUUGCUAAGAGAGUAUGCUUUCAAGCUCUGCAAGAUUGGCCUAGCAUUGCAUUAUGGCAGUUUAAAGAGUAAGCGACAAUAGGUCAAAACAAACGAUUUAUCUAUCCUAACUGCUUUGCAGUAGCAUAACAAUGAUCAUGAAAUACUUGAAGCAUAGAAAAGAGCUCAAAUAAUUGAAUUAAUUAAGUUUAUAAUAAAUAUGCAACAAGAUGAACUGAAUGAGUAAAUAAAACCAUUGUUAUGUCAUUUUUAUAUUGAAUUAUAAAAUAUUUCUAUCAAGGAUAAAGGAGUCAUUACGCUAUUAAAUAUGUUUGGCAAUCCUGACAAAAUAGUUUAGGCAAUCAAGUAACAAUGGGAUGCUGAGAAAUAAGAAUAAGACGAAAUCCUCAAAUAAUCUCAAUUAAUUAUUGAUAAUGAAUUUGUAUAGAAUUAAUAGUAUUUGAACUCUGCAGAGUAAACUCCAUAAACUGUGAAGAGUGAAAAAAUAAAACAACAUGAUGUAGAUCCCUUCAAUGAUUUAAGAUAAAAGGAAUUGGAAGAUGAAAAAAGAUUUUUGGCUCAAAAUGGUGUUGGGUUCAAAAAAAGAGUUGUGGAAUUAGAAAGAGGAAAGUAACCUAUAGCACCUACUCCAAAUAUUUAAUAAUAAUAAUAAUAAUAAUAAUAAUAAUAAUAACAAUAACAAAUAAAGAAAAAACCUUAAUAAGUGGAUCCUAAGGUAUUAGAAAAUAUUGCCAAUAUAAAAUUAAAGAAGGAGGAAGAAUUACUUAAGAAAUAAUAGGAAGAGGAAGAGAAGAGAAAAAGAAUUGAAGCAUUGCAAAAAAAAGCAUAAUAGGAAAUUCAAAAGAGAACUAAUGGGAAAGUAAUUGAGAAAGCAGAUGAAAAGAAGGUAGAGUUGAUAGAUCUUGAUGAUCAUGAGACACAUGAUUAUGAAUCAAUGAACAUCGCUAUAAAAAAGAAUCAUAAAGCAAUGAAAUACUUAUUCUCCAAAUAUUCUAACACCACUAAUUAGGCAAGUAAAAAAUAGUAUUUUGGGGAACUCUAAGAAUAGUAUGAAAUUAUUUAAUUAUCUGAUAUAAUGAGAAUGUUAAAAGACUAUUAAGUGAAUAUGUCAAAGGAAGAAAUUCAGGCGUAUGUUAAGGCUAUAAAUCAGAAAUACUCUGAAAAUAAAAGUGAUCAAUUUAGUUUAGAUUAAUAAAAUUUUGAGAGAUUUCUGGCUUAAAUCUCUAUGAAAAUUGAAGGAUACACAUUUCAAAGAAGAUUCGCAGGUUAAUGUUUAGAAUAACUGAUGUAAAGCUUUGGUUCAAUUGCAAAAUCUAAAAAUGAAAACCAUCUCAUAUUUUUAGAUCCUGAUAAUAUCAAUAUUGAUCCAGACAGAGAUACAAUUAGGCAGUUAAAUUUACAGCUCUAAACAUAAGAUGUCCCUGUUCCUAGUAAAUUCAAGAAAGUUACAGAAAAAUAAUUGAAUCAGAGGUUCGAAUAUAGACCAUAAGCGAUAUUAGGAGUUGAAAAUGCAUGGUUUGAUUGUCAUGAAAUAGUGAAUUAAUUGAUUUCAGAAACGUUUAAAACUAAUGUAAUGGAACCUUUGUCAGAUAUUAAGAUUAUUUGGAAAGUCAAACCUAAUCCACAACAAUAAUAAGAACAAGUCGUUUAGGUGAAAUAGAGGGAUAAUUCAUAACAGAAGAAAGUCAUGAAUAGGGCAAUUGAAGAUAAAUUAUUAAAGCAAUAGGAAGAAGAGUAAAAAAAGAUGGAUGCUGAAGAGAAGAGAAAAAAACAUUAGGAAAAGUUAAAAUAGGAAUAUCUGAGAAAAAAGAAAGAGAAGGAAGAAUAGGAAUAAAUGAAGAAAUAAGAAGAGAGAUAAGAGUUGAUAGAAAAAGCAGAAAGAGAGAAAAAAUAACAGGAAUAAUUAAAAAAAGAAGCAGAAGAAAAAAAGUUAAAAUUAAGAGAAUAUAAAGAGAAAAUGGCAGAAGAGAAUAAAAUCAAAGAAGCUUAGAAUGUUGAAUUCUAAAAGCAGAAAUAGGAUCAAGAUAGAAAAUAACGAGAAGAGUUUUAAAAGAAAUAGAAGGAAGAUGUCAGUAAAUUGCUGGAGUAGAAAAAGAAAGAGUUUAAAGAUAAAGAAUAAUAAGAGAAAUAGAAAGAGUAAAAAGCAAAAGAAGAAAUGAAGGAAUGGAAAAAUAAUGUUGAAACAAUGCUUUAAUAAGAAUAGGAGGUAAGAUAAAGAGAAAAAUAGAUGCAUUAAAAAAUUUAAUAAUUAUAAUAAAAUCAGGAGAUUCAAUCUAUUUAUAAGAAAUAUGAUAAAUAAUUAUCAGCUAUUUACCAUGCUUAUCAAGAGUAUACAGAUUGGAAGAUUGAAAAUGCAGGGGUAGAGAAAGAGUUAUUAUAAUUUAAAGGAUUUACUAAUUUUGCUUCUUAAUUCAGCAUCUAUCCUGCCAUCAUAACUCCUGAAGAUGCAUAACUAAUUUUUAGAUCAAUAACAAGAGAAAGAGAACGAAUACAAUAAUAAUUGAAUGAAAAAAAUGGGUUUAACUCUGCACCACCUAAGGGAAUGAACUAUCAUGAAUUUCAAUAAGCAUUAUUGAGAAUAGCCAUAAAAGGAUAGAAAUACUUUGAUCUUCUGAAUGAAAAAUAUUAAAAUAACAUGAAGACUUUAGACAUGCUUGCAUUAAAGAAGGACUAAGCCAUUUCAGAGGAAGGACCUUUGGAAAAAAGAGAAGAUCAUUAUUAAUAAGUAGAUGCAACAAGCUCAAACACAAUGCAAGGUCUAAUGUAUUUUUUAGAUAUGCCUGAAGAGAAAACUGAAAUGAAUUCUAAAUUAAGAGCAUUGAAAUUAGAAUUUUAAAAAGUGGCAGCACAAAGAGAUAAAAAACAAAUUGUUUAAUAAAAGUUAACUGAUGAAGUCAAAUAACCAACAAAACGAAAAUAAUCAGUAGGAUAAAGGGAGGGAAAGGAUAAAAGUCUUGAAAAAUAAUAACCAUAAAGAAAUAAGUCUUAAAAUAUUAGGAUUGAUUCUGCGUAGACCAAAAUGAAAGCAUCUCAAAAGGAUUAAGUGCAUCCAGUUGAUGAAAAUGAAUUAAACAAGCAAUCUCCUAAGAAAACUACAGGACAGGAGGGAAAAAAAGAAAUUGGGAAAGUUAAUUAAUAAAAACAAUGA